UCUCUUUCAUGCUCCAAACUCUCAAGCCAACCGCACCACACCACACCACUCUCUUCAAAACCCCCCAUUUCUCCAGGGUUCGAUUAAUCUCAUUCUACUUAAUUAUUUUCGUGUGAAAGCAAAGCGAUGUCGUUGAGGCCGAACGCGAGGACCGAGGUUCGCCGGAACCGGUACAAGGUGGCGGUGGACGCGGAGGAGGGACGGCGGCGGAGGGAGGACACGAUGGUGGAGAUCCGUAGGAACCGCCGGGAGGAGAGCCUCCUCAAGAAGCGCCGCGAGGGCCUCCAGUCCCAGCCCCUCUCUUCCUCUUUCCACUCCUCCGCUGUCGAGAAGAAGUUAGAGCACCUGCCAUCCAUGGUUGCAGGAGUUUGGAGUGAUGAUAGUAAUUUGCAGCUUGAGGCAACUACUCAGUUCAGGAAGUUGCUUUCAAUUGAGCGCAGCCCUCCGAUUGAGGAAGUGAUACAGUCAGGUGUUGUUCCUCGCUUUGUUGAGUUUCUCGUGAGGGAGGACUUCCCACAGCUUCAGUUUGAGGCUGCUUGGGCUCUGACUAACAUUGCUUCUGGGACAUCUGAGAACACUAAGGUGGUAAUCGAUCAUGGGGCUGUCCCAAUAUUUGUCAAGCUUCUUGGUUCUCCUAGUGAUGAUGUCCGCGAGCAGGCUGUGUGGGCAUUGGGAAAUGUGGCUGGUGAUUCUCCUAGAUGCCGUGAUCUUGUCCUUGGACAUGGGGCUUUGCUUCCUUUGCUGGCACAGUUAAAUGAGCAUGCCAAGCUCUCUAUGCUUAGAAAUGCUACGUGGACAUUGUCAAAUUUUUGCCGAGGAAAGCCACAGCCUCCUUUUGAUCAGGUUAAGCCAGCACUUCCAGCUCUUGCUCGCCUUAUUCAUUCAAACGAUGAAGAAGUCUUGACUGAUGCUUGUUGGGCACUCUCAUAUCUUUCUGAUGGUACAAAUGACAAAAUCCAAGCUGUUAUUGAAGCAGGUGUAUGUUCUCGGCUGGUUGAGCUUUUACUUCACCCAUCUCCUUCAGUGCUCAUUCCUGCUCUUCGUACAGUUGGAAAUAUUGUUACCGGAGAUGAUAUGCAGACUCAGGUUAUUAUCAACCAUAAUGCUCUUCCUUGCCUGUUGAACCUGUUGAACAACAAUUAUAAAAAAAGCAUCAAGAAGGAAGCUUGCUGGACUAUUUCCAAUAUCACUGCUGGUAACAAGGAGCAGAUUCAGGCUGUUAUUGAGGCUAAUAUUAUUGCCCCCCUUGUUCAUCUGCUCCAAAAUGCUGAGUUUGAUAUCAAGAAAGAGGCUGCAUGGGCAAUCUCAAAUGCCACAUCGGGUGGUUCUCAUGAACAAAUCAAGUAUUUAGUAGAUCAGGGGUGCAUCAAGCCCCUGUGUGAUCUUCUCAUCUGCCCUGAUCCCAGGAUUGUCACGGUUUGUUUAGAAGGGCUUGAAAACAUAUUGAAGGUAGGGGAAGCUGAGAAGAAUUUGGGAGCUACUGGAGAUGUAAAUCUUUAUGCUCAAAUGAUAGAUGAUGCUGAGGGGCUAGAGAAAAUUGAGAAUCUCCAGAGUCAUGACAACACGGAGAUUUAUGAGAAAGCUGUGAAGAUUCUUGAGACAUAUUGGCUGGAGGAAGAUGAUGAUACAAUGCCACCAGGUGAUGCUCCCCAGUCUGCAUUCAACUUUGGGGGGAGUGAGAUUCCUUCUGUUCCUUCUGGUGGAUUUAACUUCAACUGAAGCAGGAAUUGGUGGUGGGAGAAUAGUUGGGGUCAGGUCAGGUGUCUUGUCGUUUUUGGGUCCUCUUUGGUCCGUUAUCGGGCGCGAUUUUAUGGGGGUGCUGGACUGGCUGAGUGUUGGCAACGGCUGGAUUUAAGAGAAGGAUACUGGGAUUGAUUAUAUGACGAACUAGAAUCUAUUGCUGCAACAAGGAAUGAGGAGGCACAGUUCUCUGUUUGGGGAAUGGUUAUCCCCCGGUGACUGGGCUCUCCUAUAAAAGGUUGAUGUUGAGUCGCAUAAUUUGUUUCUAUUGUCGUAAUUGGCAUAGAAGUGGAGUCUGUCUGUUGCCAGGUGAUUUUUGCACUCCCAAACUCUCUCAAUAGACACUUGUAGCUAUGAGGGAUACUGGAAUUUUCUGUUCCUUACCAUUGUAAUGUUGUGAUUUUUUUCGUUCCUUGAGUCAAAAUUGUAUUGCGUAGGGUAUACCAUUUUGCUGGUUUGAUAUGAAAAGUUGUCUAAAUGGCAUUGAAGGAAAAAGAGUUUCUAGUAUUAUUGAUAAUAUAUAACAGGCUCCAAGACGCCGUUUUCUUU